GGUGUGUUCCAGUGUGCUUUGACUGGACUGGUGUUCGUUAUGACUGAGGAGGCGCUGCUGCUGUACAACACUGUCCAAUGGGAUGAGAGCCUCCUCCAAUCAGCUGGCAGAAUGGCUACAGGGCCGCUGUAUGACAUCAAGUGUUCAGAAGAGGCUGCUGUCUGUCAGCUCCACUUUCCACACUGUGAAAUCAUAGAUUCUCCUCUGCCUGAUGGCCUGUUGUCUGUCAUCCACAUCACUGAUGAUGGGAUGAGCAUCCUCGAGCCCCUGGAGAUUACAGACACUCAUGUGGUUGUAAAUGUCCCUCACCUCUCUACCCUCGGCCUGAUCUGGGAUGUUGUUACGAGGUUGUGGACGAAACCUGUCAGCAGCCAAGUUCUGCUGUUCCUUGGACAACCAAACCCAACAACACAGAGGCAAAAUCUCAAUGUGCUUCUCCUGCCAGGAAACAUCCCUCUGAAUGAGGUAAAGCUUCAUGUUACAAUGCCUGUUGUCUCUUAUAUGUGUUCCUCACUGUAA